AUGAAGAGUGCAGCAGAAGUGAGUUCGAAUUCCUUCAACGGCUCAUCGUCAUCUUCAUCGUCCACUUCAUCCUCCUGCUCAACAUCAGAUAUCAAUGAGCUUUGUAAAGAAGCAUUUACAAAACAUCAUUUUACAAAAUGUGCGGAACUGUUAAAAAAAGCACUGGAUGGGACUAAAAGCGAAACAGAACGACGACGUUUACAUGCAAAUUUAGCUCUUUGUGAAGCGAAGAGCAAAGCACAGUUAUUUAGUGCUGCAUACCAGACUGCACUCCUCAACAUUUUUCCCAAACUGAAACCUGGUGAGGAUCACAAUUUAGAUGAUCAUGAUGAAGCAAUUGCUGCAUUCAAUCUAGCACUAAAUGCUUUCGUUCGAGGGAAUCGGCGAACUUGUCUUGAGAUUCUACAGUCUGUGAUGACUGUAAAUACUUUAUCAGAUACGCUUUUCUGUGCAGUUUCACUAUUGGAAAUUGACGUAAGCUUAACAUUAUGUCAGCCGAAAUUAGCAUUGAAGCAAGCAGUCAAACUUCGUGAUAGCAUUACAUGGCGUCGGGCAAACGUUGUCCAACGUGAUUACCUUGAUUGUUUGGAGUGUCGCAUCCGGUGUCGUCUUGCACAAACGUCAUCUUUGAUCGAUUUUAGUUUGAAACCUGAGUUGUUGCACUGGUGCCUUAUACAGUCAGAACUUGAUGUGAAAAACGGUAAUGCAACACGUGCGGUAAAUCGACUCUUAAAAUUUCGCCCUUCGCUUCAGGAUGAAGAACGCAGACUUGUUGAUAAUGCGCUUGGAUGUGUUUAUGCUUUGUCGCUGAAAAAGAUAAGUUUGGCAGAGUCAUAUUUUCGAUCAGCAAUGUUGGUGAAACAAGAAAAAAGGAAAAGUUGGCAGGAGUCAACAGUACCUAGGCAUUGUUUGAUAUAUCACGCAGCUUUGGCUCAGUUACACUGUGGACAUGCAGAAUCUGCUUUUACACUCUUCCUUUCUGUUCUUCCAUUUUAUCCAAAACAGCCUCGAAUUUGGUUGCGAAUUGCAGAAUGUUGCAUAUACGCACUGACAAAGAAUGGAAAUGAUAAUGUGGAUACUAAUGGACAAACGAUAGAAAUUGUAGGGACAGCGCAGAAUGGAUAUGUUAUCUUCCCAUCUAUAUCUGUUAGAGAAGACAAUUUGAAUAACGAAGUUGAUGAGAUACGUGAAAAUCAUAUUAGCUGGGAAUAUGCCGCACACUGUAUUCGAAAUGCACUAAUUCUUACUGGCACUGAACGAGAUUGCAUAUACUUGCUUCCAUGGUUAUAUGCAGCAUCAUCUUUCAUUAAUCUGAAUCUUGGUCGCUAUAGUUUAGCACUGAAGGCAGCUUGCCAGCUUGCCAGCUUACAGCAAGUUUCUCCUCAUCACAAGCUUAUGGCGGUGCUUUUUAAAGCAGAAGCACUUAUGUUGCUAGAUCGCUUACCAGAGGCUGUUGGUUGUUUGUCACAGGCUGUACCACUUCAAUCCAUGCCGAGCACGAUAUCAGCUGUUAUUUAUAAUAGAGCAUUGUUACAGGCGUUGAGUGGCAACCUGCAUAAAUCAUUAGCGACCUUCGGGCUGCUUGGAACGCAGUGUGACGUAACAACAGUUCCAGAAGCGCUAUCUCUUGGUGUUUACAUUUAUAUGAAAUCAGAUAAGGGCGAUGAAGCAAAACAUCUGAUAGUGCAACAAAUAGAGAAAAUGAAAUUACGUUAA